AUGGCAUCUAAAGCUGCUGAUUUAUCUAAAUGCGGGGUGACUGCAGUGUGGCUGCCGCCACCAACAGAAUCCGUUGCCCCUCAAGGUUACAUGCCUUCUGAUCUUUACAACUUGAAUUCAUCCUAUGGUUCUAUGGAAGAACUUAAACAUUGUAUAGAGGAAUUGCAUUCUCAAGAUCUGCUGGUCUUGGGAGAUGUUGUACUUAAUCAUCGGUGUGCACAUAAACAGGGGCUUCUCUGGCACUUAUGUUAA